AUGAUAGAAAAGAAGUUGGCGAUUCUCGCCUCUGUAUACUGCUCUAAAGCAGAUAUCAAGCAGCUGAAACGCAUUAUUCCUUAUUUCAAGAAUCAGAAAGCACUCAUAUUCCAGUUUGUUCAAGCUCUAUGGCCGGAGUUGCAAGAUCCUUUAGAUCUUAAGUUUUUAUUUGAUGUCGAUACUUUUAAUGGUGACGAGGACCACGCAGCAAACAGUUUAAAUGAUAUUCUAGUACAAUGCUUGGAACAAGACUCCUCGUUGAUUCCACUAGUGGAAACAAACCCUGAUGUAGUGCUAGAAAGGUACGAUCAAUUGAUUAAAUAUGUUACAAGGGACUCACAAAUUGACUUCAACAUUCCACCUUCCCAUUCUUCAUGGAUAAAGAACAGAAUUAUUCAUUGUAAUAACUAUGACAAGAAUCUGAUCCUCUAUUAUCAACCACUAUGGUCACAAUUAGAGCUAACAUCAGAGUUCAAUGAAUGGGUGAACGGUGUAUUAUUACCAUUGAACAAUAUCCCAGCUAAUAAUAGAAUUCAUAUUGAGGAGCUCAUAAAAAUGGACUCAGCGAAACGCAUAACGUUCCUUUUGGGUUGUAUGCCAAGUUCUACAUCUGAUUUAGGGUUUUUUUCAAAUAUUUUCCUACCAAUGUUAAGGUACUAUAAAGAAACCGAUCUUGAUUAUUACACGAGUCAUUACGUCAAUCCACAAACAUACAAACUGGAAAACAACAAUGAAAUAACAAUUCUCUCAAAAAUCUAUGAAAUAUCUGGCUCUGUAGAGGUGGGAGCAAAGGUACUUGGCAUUCUUUAUGAAAAUGGUCAAAACUAUUUCAAAAGUCACCCAAAUAAAUUCACUGAUUCCGAGUUGAGAGUUUUAUUGACCAAAAUUGGAACCGAAGAUUCUAGUUUACACCUUAAACUGCUUGAUCUUAUCAGAGAUAUCGAUGAUCUGGAACAUUUCAACAGCUUCAAAACACUAUUUGAUAUUCAAGAAGGUACAGAGGCUCAACAAUAUGACUUAUUCACAAUAUAUUCUAGGUCUUUUAGAAUAGAUAAUAUAUCUGAAUUAGAAAAGGACUUCUUAUUCAACAAGUUGUCACUUAGACAAAAACUUGAAAUAAUAAUAGAGUCGCUCAUAGAAAAGAACAAUUUAUCGGAAGUGAAGAAGCUGUUAGAUGAAGAUCCAACGCCCGAAAAUAACGAGUUGCUAAUCAAAAAUUUCUGGAAGUUCUUUUAUAGAUCUGAAAACAUCCAUGAUGAGGCAUUUAAGAUUGCAGAAACGAUACUGUCCAUGAUCCCCUCUAAUUUUAAUGGAUCUGCAAAACGCCAUCAAUUAGAAUACCUACUUAAGAAUUCAAGGGACCUGUCUCAACAUUCGAUCAACUUACAUCCACAUGGUUUCAAACCAAACUAUUUAUUGAAUUAUAAAGAUGAACCAAUGGCUAUAAUAUCCAAUCUUUUAGAAUUAAACCCAAAACUUUACAAGAUGACAGAUAAAACACAGGAUAUUUUGUCAAACCUUAAUAGUUGUUUUGACAAGAAGACCACUGAAGUUGCUAAGUCGAAGUUGUUGGCUUUGCAUAUCGAUCAUGCCUUGGUUAACAGAGAUUUCAUGUUUGCUUAUCAACUAUGUAAAGAGUGGUUUGCUAUCUGCAAAGAUGCUGGAAAUGAUGAAGGUAUUGGAAAACAAUGGCUGACUAUAUUCCAGGUUGGAAAAUUUAUUGAUCCUGAGUGGCCUGAUAAUGAAGCACCAACUGAAAUACUCAUUCUUCAAAUGGAAAUUUUGAGCGAACUCCUCCAAUAUUCUCCGAUUGAUCAAAUAGAAAUUAUAGCAACACAAUGGAGUGCUCUAGAGGUCGAACUAAGUAUAAGGGAUCUCUCAACUGAUACCUCAAUAUCGAAUGAUUCAAAUUCAUUACAAUUUAUACAAAACAGUUUGAAUGAGGUUUCGCAUACCAUGGCAGCAUUUUUGGGCAGAAACAGAUAA